AGCUGGAAACUCAGCUCCCGCCAAAAUCAAAGUUCAAAUCUUAACCUCCUCCCCGCUCUCUCUCUCUCUCUCUCUCUCCAUCAAACCAUAAAGAAAGAAAAUCCCCAUUUCAAGAAGAUUAACCAGCACUGAAUUCAAGAAACCAUAAAUUUUUUUACUUUUUGUUGGCUUCACCUGCAUAAUUCCUUCAAUCCUUAAAAGGAAAAUGAACUCGGAGGAAGAUAAAGAUGGGCGUCAACGUCAGAUGCUUAAAGUAAUGGAGACCCUCAAGAUCUUCGAGGAUAGAAUGGCAUUAAAUAAGAGUGAAGAGGAUAACGCACAGAAGGCGCUUGAGGAUUUGAUUGAGUUAACGAAGGACAGAUCAGAUUUGAUACUGAACCAGAUUGAUGAAAUAUUUGAAAUUAUGCAUAAAAUCUUGGAAAGCCUCAAAUUUGAAGAGAGAACAAGAUUUCUAGCGGUGGAAAUUGUGGCGCAACUUUUCUCGAAUAUUAGGGAACCGGAAGCAGAGCCUUUCCUUGCUGGAAGGUUUAUUUGUCGGAUGUUUUCUAUGCUUAAGGUUAUCGACGAUAACCCAGCAUGGGAUUAUGACAAGUUGGAAAAGAGCUGUAGCGUACAUAGUCAGGGAAAAAAGGGGUUGGCUCGACUUGCAGCUACUAUGGGUGGCCAAUUGCUUCUUGGGAAAUUCGGUAGAAUUUUUGAAUCGCACUACGAUUCUGAGGAAUGGGAAAGCCGCCAUGCUGCUAUUGUAGCCAAUGCCCUUGUUGCUUGUACUUGCUCCGAGGAAUUAAUAAACAAGUUGGACCUUGUGGUACAACCAGUUAUGCAAGUUGUUGAAGACACCCACUUUCGUGUACGUUGGGCAGCCUUGGAUGCAAUUGAGGAGUUUUCCAAGAAAUUGUCCCCUGAAUUUCAGCAUCAAUAUUAUAAUCAAGUGCUUCCUGCUCUAAUAAAAGCCUCAAAUUAUUUGGAGAAUCUCCGCAUUCAGUUGAAAGCUGUGAAGGCAAUAUCUUAUUUCAGUCAGAAUUGCGAGUCAGAUCUCUUGACACCUUACAUGAAUGAAAUUCUCAGUAUGCUGCUUAGAUACCUUCAGAGAGGAACACAAGCAUUGAAUGAGGCAGCUUUAAUGGGUUUAGCAUCACUUGCUGCAUCAUUAAAGGAUAGCUUCCAAGAGUAUUACAGAACUGUCAUGCCUUAUAUGAAAGUGAUAAUGAUGAAAGCAGCUGCAGAAUCCAACUUCACGCUUCUUGCUCAAUCUGUAGAAUGCACUACUAUUUUUGGAUUAUCUGUUGGGAAGGAGAUCUUCAAUCAUGAUAUUGAAAUGGUUUUACAAUUCCUUAUCUCCUCGGAAGCAUCUAAAAUAAAGACAGAACAUCCAAUGAGAAAUCAACUGUUAAAAGUAUGGGGCAGAUUAUGUAAAUGCUUAGGUCAAGACUUCCAACCUUACUCGGUUGUUGCCAUUCCUCUUUUGCUACAAUCUGCUCAACUUGCAUUGCAUGCCACUUCACUUGAUAUUUCUCAAAGUAAAUAUUCAUUUGAAAGCGUUCUAACUCUCCAAGAUCAAAAGAUUGAAAUCAACUCAAAGGUCCUGGAGGAGAAAGCUACAGCUUGUGAAGUGCUGUGUAUCUGUGCUGAUGAGUUGAAGGAAGGCUUUGAUUUAUGGAUAGAUGAGGCUGCUCAAACUAUAGUUCCACUUAUCAAUUGUGAUAUCCACGAAGGACUUAGAAAAAUUUCUAUUUCAGCCAUACCAGUAAUAUUGAAAUCAUCUAAAGCAGCAAUGGAGAAAGAGUGCACUGAGGGGUCUGAGGAAUCAUCUUUCAAGGGGCUGUGUUCUUAUAUUGCACUAGCUUUAGUGGAAGCUCUAAAUAAGGAAAAGUUGAUGGAAAUGCAAGUAAGGAUCUUAGAGUCUCUGAAUGAAUGUAUGGAGAUCUCUGGAGCUACACUGAACACAGAACAGAUCAACUACUUCUUGCAUAUUAUAAUGGAGAUUAUUACUACUGGUUCUGCACUUUCAGGCAGCAAAGUAGAAAAUGAGCAAACAGAAAAAAUUCGUAACACAGCUGUUGGUUGCUUGACCACUUUCACUAAAGCAUAUAAAACUUCUUUGUCACAAUUCCUUGACCAGCUCUUAUCAUGCAUGGCAUGUAUGUGGGAGAAUGGUAGAAAAGCAGAAGAGAGAAGACUUGCCUUGCAUAUUUUCAGUGAUGUUGCAGAGAAAUGCCAAGAAGAAGCAUUGAUGUACUGUGAGGAUAGUCUUCGAUUCCUAAUUGAUGCCUGCUAUGAGAAGAACUCAGAAGUUCAACAGAUAGUUGCACAGGGAAUUGGUGUUAGUGCAGAGUUUGGUGGAUCUAUAUUCAAAUCUCACAUCAAAGAGGCUCUUGCUGGUCUAAAGGCUAUACUGCGGGAUCAAGAGACACUGCAUCUAGAUAACUUACCAGCCCAUGUUGCAGCUGUUUCCGCACUUGGAAAAAUAUGCUUUUACCAUCAUGAGAGACUAGAUGAAGUUUUUGAUAUAUGGUUAAGCCAUUUGCCAAUAGUAUGUGAUCGAGAUGAGGACAAAAUUGUCCAUGAUCAGCUUUGUUCGACGGUUGAAAAGUUCAAAGGGGAACUUAUUCGCAGAGAUAAUGAUACUCGUCUUUCCCAGCUCUUAGCAGUCUUUGCAGAGAUAUUAUGGGUUGGUGAUAACGCAGCGACAGAAGAAACUGUGAAACGAGUGAUUGAACAGUUGAAGCACUUCAACAGCAGAUUACCACCUGAUACAUGGGCGUCUAUUAUGUUCUCCUUGAUGCCCUGUCGAGCAAAGAAUUUGCAGCUUAUUUUGUCAUUAUUCUGAACAGUUAGCUUUUAUGUAUAUUUGCUUCAGUGUAUAUUCUUUUAGCUUGGGAAUUUUGGGAUACAGAACUUUGAGAUUGUGCAGGUUAAAAGCAGUAUAGCUUCAUUAAGAUGUAUAUGCCAGAGCAUACAUGGUUAGAGCUAAUCGUUCUUCAAUGGCUAUUGCAGAC